AUGGCGCCCGCUCCGCCUUCCCCGCCCCUGAUGAUGCACCCAUGGACUGAUUGUCCAAAAGAGCUAUCCGCCGCUACAGAAUUCAGCCCCCAAAGGCCUGAUCCGGUGGUGGAGGAGAAUCGUGGUUUCUGGUCACCUUUCGAUGGGUUGAAGGCUCCCAACAACGUGCCGCAGAACAAGCAUACUGAUAAGGGCAGAACUGGACAAACUGAUUCGCUGCGGAGGAUGCAGAUGCUGGGCGGCGAUUCCGAAUGA